AUGUUCUGGGGUCUUGCAGCAAUCCAAGCGGCCGAAUCGAAGCUUCCAGAUGUCUCGGAUGGACAUUCCUGGCUCUCCCUUGCGCAGGGUGUCUUUAAUGACCAGAAGAACCGAUGGGACACGUCAAAGUGUGGCGGUGGGCUACGCUGGCAGGCCUUUGUCUAUCAAAGUGGAUAUACAAUGAAGAACUCUGUGUCAAACGGUGGAUUCUUCCAGCUGGCAGCUCGUCUUUACCGAUAUACCGGGGAUUCUGAAUACAAGGAUUGGGCGGAGAAGGUCUGGGACUGGUCAGCUAGCUCUGUGCUUAUGAAUAAUAAGACCUGGGUUAUUGCAGACUCGGCCGAUAUGGAUGACGAUUGCAAAUCUCCCGGCAACAUCCAGUGGACCUAUAAUUAUGGUGUUUAUCUGGGUGGAGCUGCUUAUAUGUACAACCAGACCAGCGACGACAAAUGGCUUACCGCCGUCAAUGGUCUCCUGAAGACAUCAUUCAAGCAGUUCUUCUUGACUCAACACGGUGGUGCCAUGGAGGAGGUAACUUGUGAGCCCUCAGAAAAAUGCAACAAUAACGAAAUCUUGUUCAAGGGUCUGUUCUCCUGGUGGCUUGCAUAUACUGCGCUUUUGGUUCCGUCGACCUAUGACACGAUUCUACCGAAAUUGGAGGCAUCUAUUCAAGCGGCUGCAAAGUCUUGUACCGGACUCGGCAACAAUACAUGUGGUGUCCGCUGGUACCAGUCGAAAUAUGACGGGAUGAAUGGAAUGGAACAACAGAUUAGCGCCAGCAAUAUCUUCAGCUCAUACUUGGUCAAGUAUGAGCAUAGUGGCAAAGGACCAGUGACAUCCAGCACCGGAGGAGACAGUAAAAGCAACCCCAAUGCUGGCGCAGAGAGUGACACCGACAAGGACAAGCCCAAACCAAUCACAACAGGAGACAAAGCCGGAGCUGGGAUCUUGACUGUGGUGAUGGUGGUCGGAUGGGCAGGAUUGAUGUCCUUUAUGUUCAUUGGUGGGUGA